CGCGGUUUUUUCCUCACACAUGCUGUUAAGUGCUGCUGGAGACGUUGAGUAGGUUAGGGUUAUUCGUGCCGUGUUUGUUGCUGAGGUGGAAACCCAGAACAGCUUACAUCAUUCUCCUCUCAUCCAUUUUAUCUGCACAACAACCUUGUGAGCAGCUGUGAUUUGCUGUUUCACAGCUAACUUUGGUGAUCUUGGUAACUAUGGAUGAGUUGCAAGAUGUCCAGCUGACAGAGAUCAAACCUCUUCUGAAUGAUAAGAAUUCAGUUCGAAAUUUCCAGGACUUCGACUGUCAGGAACAUGACAUUGAGACAGCUUUUGGAGUUGUUCAUGUUACUCUACGUGGAACACCAAAAGGAAACAGACCUGUCAUCCUAACGUACCAUGAUAUUGGCCUCAACCAUAAAUCCUGUUUCAACGCCUUCUUCAACUUUGAAGACAUGCAGGAGAUCACGCAGCACUUUGCUGUAUGUCAUGUUGAUGCACCAGGACAACAGGAAGGGGCUCCCCCUUUCCCUUCUGGAUUCCAGUAUCCCCCGACUGAUGAACUAGCUGAAAUGCUCCCUGCUGUUCUUACACACCUGAGCCUCAGAAGCAUAAUUGGUAUUGGAGUUGGAGCUGGUGCUUACAUUCUCAGCCGUUUUGCAUUGAAUCACCCUGACUUGGUGGAAGGCCUGGUGCUUAUUAAUAUUGACCCAUGUGCAAAAGGAUGGAUGGACUGGGCAGCAUCCAAGCUGUCUGGGUGGACAACUAACAUUGUGGACAUUGUUCUGGCUCAUCUUUUUGGUCAGGAAGAACUACAAGCCAACCUGGACCUGAUCCAGACGUACAGACUUCAUAUAGCACAGGACAUCAAUCAGGAAAAUCUUCAACACUUCCUCACCGCUUACAAUAGCCGUAGAGAUCUGGACAUUGAGAGACCAGUCUUGGGUGUGAAUGAAAAUUCAGCAAAAACACUUAAGUGUCCUGCCUUAUUAGUGGUUGGGGAUAACUCGCCAGCAGUUGAAGCUGUGGUUGAGUGCAAUUCACGACUGGAUCCAGUAAACACAACAUUCUUGAAGAUGGCAGACUGCGGAGGGUUGCCUCAGGUUGUUCAGCCUGGGAAAUUGACUGAAGCCUUCAAGUACUUUGUGCAAGGAAUGGGCUACAUCCCUUACGUGCAGCUCAGCCACCUCAGCACUGAGUCAGUGCCAUCUGCUAGUAUGACCAGGCUCAUCCGUUCCCGGACCCACUCUUCUUCGAGUGUAGGCUCUGGUGAGAGCACCCAAACAAGGUCUCAGACCAUCAAACCAGGAGAGGCAACAACUGAAAUGCCUGAAGCAGCUGCCAUUCGUGACUCUCCUCAGACUAUGGAAGUAUCCUGCUAAGCAAGCAGUCCUCUUGUGUAUUCAGACAACCCCUUUCCUUCAUUCUGAACCCACCCAGAACCAGUGUUCGCCCAAACAAGUGGCAUUAACAGUUCUUUCUAACUUGUGCCUGCCCAUCCUAGCUGCCAUCCUCACACCUGUCUGAUUUUGGGGCAUUGCUUUGGGUUUUUUUUAAAAAAAAAACUGGCUACAAAAAUAUUAACUGCUAACAUUCCAUUGGUGCUAGAGGAGAAAAUUGCUGUAUAUGCUGAUGCCACCCUUCCCCCUUGCUUCUUGUGCUGUCAAACCAGAUGAAAAGUGGUGGGUCUCGCCAUUUUUUAAAUUUUAAGUAACCAUUUCUGUGGCUUGUGCAGUUAAAAUUGCUUUCUAGUUGUGCUUCUCUUGAAGGAUAUUAGAGCUUUUGACUGCAGUCUUUACAACAUGUCUUGAGGUGGGGAUAGAGAGAGAAUUCAGUGUUUCUUAACAUGUCAGGGGUGGGAUUUCAGUCCUGCACGGUUAAACUCAGAAUGGAUCACAGCAUAUUGCACAGUUAACCAAUGUAGAGGAGAAUGUAGGACUUACAAUUGAAUCAAAGAAACUGAAAGGUCUCUUAUCUGCAAAGGAUCUCCUUCUAAGGCCGGUGGGGCCACAUUUUUUCUUUAAAAAGGGCAAGGCUUCUAAUGAGCCUAAUUCUCACUUAUUAAAUCGCAUUAUUCAAUAGAAUACAAGGGAUUUUAUAUACUGCAGUAGCCUGAACUGCAGUGUAGUGGCUAUAGGGGUGAGGUUUUUAAUUAGGAUGGUUUUUACAACCCCAGUGGAAACUAGCGCUCUCUCUAUACAAGGAUAAAUCUUAAGGCUUAGUUUAAAGCAGUAAUCUUCUGCUGUUGUCACAACUGUGUCAUUACAUAAAUUGUUGUAAUUACCUACAGGUGUUAGAUAAUCAGUCUGCACUGCAGCUACAGCUGACGAUUCAGAAAUAUUUAUUCCAUCAGAGUGAAGAGAAUUUUUGGGGCACCUUUUGCCACAGUGCAUCUAUUACACUUCAAGUCUCCUGUUGGCUACAUAGAUUUGGUGGUUAUUGAAUACGAUAUAUCCCAUGGCCAACACAGAUAUAUCUGAUGAUAGUCUCUCAACAAGUUCUGUUCCUGAAGCAUAGAUGGAGACUUCCAGUCUAGAUCCACAAUCAGUACGAGAGUUUUAAUUUUGAUGCAACUGUCAAAGCUAUUUUUGCAUAGAUUAGAAAUUGGGAAAUAUUUGUAAUUCCCUUGGCCCAUAUACAGUGCUUAGUCUAAAGAUCUCUGUAGUGCUUUUUUAUUUUACUGAUAAAAGCUGAUGUUACAACUACACUUCCCCCUUCUCCCCGCAAAGAUUGCCAGCCCUUUUUAGCACCCUGCAGUAGUGAUCUAGAAGCAGGCCUAAUGAGAAUGUCGUACGUUGUGAUGCACAGGAAUAAUUUAACCAGUUUGUGAUCUUGUCAGCUCUGAUUUACAGAUAAAUCUUACAUGUAGUAUUGGAUUAUCUGGAGGGCCAUUCGAGAUUUUUAUAGCCUUUCUCCAAAUAGAUGUGUUGCUGCAAAGACUUUUUAAAAAUUGAAAUUGUGACUUGUUCUUGCAUCAUAAGUCUUUUUCAGCUUGUAUAAAGAAUGAUGGUGGGAAUGCAUUGAUGUACUGUAUACUGUAAUAGCCUGCUCCAUUUGAGGCCUAUUUUUAUAUUUUUCAUAGGCUGAUAUAAAAAUUGAUUGUCUGACAAAUAUUAUGUUCCUGGCAGGACUGUGAAAGUUUGCCUUUGGGAGCUAAGCAGUUUCCAAAAUGAAUUCAAAAUAAGUUGUGUUGUUGUUGUCCUGGCUGGAUCACAGAAAAUGAGAAGUGUGAUUUGGCAGGAGACAAGAGAGAACUACUGAUGGGAAAGGACAUGCAGAUGACAUUCUCAAAGUCAUGGCAAGAUGUCUACUUUCCACAGUUGCACCCUAUUGGCUCAUGUAAGGCCAGAGCUUCUUCGAAGAAAUUGUAUUUGACUCUACUGCAGGCAAGAGACAGGACUGGGAGAUUUGCCUCAGAGGGAAUUUGUAUCAUUUAAAUAAAGCUAUAAUCAAGUCUCA